CCGGGGACGUUCUAUCACCCCCGAGCUGCGACAUGCGGGAUUACGACGAGGUGACAGCCUUCCUGGGCGAGUGGGGACCCUUCCAGUGCCUCAUCUUCUUCCUGCUCAGCGCCAGCAUCAUCCCCAACGGCUUCAAUAGCAUGUCUAUAGUGUUCCUGGCGGGGAUCCCCGAGCACCACUGCCUGGUGCCCGCCUCGGCGAACCUGAGCAGCGAGUGGCGCAACCACAGUAUCCCGCUGCAGCUGCAGGAUGGCCGCGAGGUGCCCGGAAAGUGCCGGCGCUACCAGCUCGCGGCGCUGACCAAUUUCUCGGCCCAGGGACUGGUGCCCGGGAGGGACGUGAAUCUGAGUCAGGUGGCGCUGGAGCCCUGUCUGGAUGGCUGGGAGUACAGUCAGGACACGUACCUGUCCACCAUCAUCACCGAGUGGAAUAUAGUGUGUGAUGAAAACUGGAAACCCCCCCUAACGACCUCGUUGUUCUUCGUGGGUGUGCUGAUAGGAUCCUUCAUAUCAGGACAACUCUCAGACAGGUUUGGCAGGAAGAAUAUCCUCUUUGGGACUAUGGCCGUGCAGACAGGCUUCAGUUUCCUGCAGAUCUUCUCCACCAACUGGGAGAUGUUCACUGUGCUGUUUGUCAUCGUGGGCAUGGGCCAGAUCUCCAACUACGUAGUGGCCUUCAUAUUAGGAACAGAGAUACUUGGCAAAUCAGUUCGUAUUAUAUUCUCUACAUUAGGAGUUUGCAUAUUUUUUGCAAUUGGCUACAUGUUGCUGCCACUGUUUGCUUACUUCAUCAGAGACUGGCGGAUGUUGCUACUGGCUCUGACCGUGCCGGGGGUGCUGUGUGUCCCGCUGUGGUGGGUUAUUCCUGAAUCCCCACGAUGGUUGAUAUCCCAAGGAAGAUUUGAAGAGGCGGAAGUCAUCAUCCAAAAGGCUGCCAAAAUGAACAAUGUGACAGCCCCUGUCAUAGUAUUCGAUCCUUUGGAGUUCCAGGAGCUAACACCCCUAAAACAGCAAAAAGGAUUCAUCCUGGACCUAUUCAGAACUCGUCACAUUGCCAUUAUCACCAUCAUGUCUUUGAUGCUGUGGAUGCUAGUGUCAGUAGGUUACUUCGGUCUUUCUCUCAACACUCCUAAUUUACAUGGAGACGUCUAUCUGAAUUGUUUCCUGUCUGCCGCCAUUGAAGUUCCUGCCUAUGUAGCUGCCUGGCUGCUCCUCCGAAACCUGCCCCGACGAUAUAUCAUUGCCGGGACGCUUUUCCUGGGUGGAGGGGUUCUCCUUUUCAUUCAGCUGGUACCCACUGAAUACCAUUUCGUAUCCAUUGGCCUAGUGAUGCUAGGAAAGUUUGGAAUCACCUCUGCAUUCUCAAUGCUCUACGUCUUCACAGCUGAACUCUACCCAACCCUUGUCAGAAACAUGGCCGUGGGUGCUGCUUCCAUGUCCUCCAGAGUGGGUAGUAUCAUUGCUCCUUACUUCGUUUAUCUUGGUGCUUAUGACAGAAUCCUACCCUACAUUCUUAUGGGCAGCCUAACCGUACUUAUUGGCAUCAUUACCCUGCUUUUCCCAGAAAGCCUUGGAAUGGCGCUUCCAGAAACCUUUGAACAGAUGCAGAAGGUAAAAGGUUUCAGAUCCAGGAAAAAAACAAAAACCUCCACUGGGAGAGAGGAUACCCCCAAGGUUCUCAUAACUGCAUUCUGAUCAACUUCUGUCACAUUUGUAAACAGACAUCUCUGAGACUGAGGAAAAACCAAAGCAUAAACUGCCAGAAAGGACCAUCUGAUGGAAAACACAAAGAGUACCCUGUUAUUAUCAAUAUCUUUGCUAUAUGAUGAACUAGGGUACUGCUAUUUCUGAUACCUUAACUAGUCAGCCAGAAUCAAAAUAUGUUUCCAUAGAGUUCUCAAAUGCAAUGUCUUUAUUUACAUCUGUGAAGGAAGUCCAAGAUGCUUUUUGAGGACAUGAGAGCCAAGAAUUGAAAUGCUCAGGGUGUCUCACUUAUUUUUAGACAUGCAAAUACCACCCACAUCAGAAAUGUUGUGCAUUCCUAACUCAGAAGUUAAAGGCAGGAGAAUAGCUUUCAGUACUGGGAGAUGUUUGGGUGUUUUUUUUUCUCAAUUGAAGCUGCAUUUCCAAUGUAUUCAUAUCUGAAACAAAACUUUUUGGCAUUCCCUAUAAAGUAAGGUGCAUUGUAGUAUUCCUACCCUUUAUAUUUGAUGCACACUAAUGUAAGAAUCUUUUAUCCUAGUAUUUGAAGACAUCUUUAAAAACAUUAAUAGACACUUUUAACAUUUGUUCAUGUUUUUGUUAAAACAUUAACAAACUGGGCAGCUAGGUGGUAUAGUGGAUAAAGCACUGGCCCUGGAUUCAGGAGGACCUGAGUUCAAAUCAGACACUUGACACUUACUAGCUGUGUGACCCUGGGCAAGUCGCUUAACCCUCACUGCCCCACCAAAAAAAAAAAAAACAACCAUUAACAAACUUCCCAAACACCCUUCUUAAGAUAAACUAAUGGCAAAAGACUUUAUUGUUGUGCAGGUAAAUUGUAGAAAUAAAGAAGCUGAUCAAGUGACCCAUAUGCUACUACCCACAAUGCAGCUCCGAGGAUAGUUCUUAGCCCCAGUACCAGCAUCCUCAAGAAAACUCCAAAUUUGUCAGUAUUCAUUUUGAAUAUGAGAAUUAUUCUGUUGUAUUAGGCUUGUUUACACAUCAGAUAUUUAUUUCUAUUGUACAUUAGGAAAAGUUUGAAAUAAAAAGCACAUCACCAGGUCAUCCCACUGUUAUGGAUAUUACCACAGCAGUGUUCAUUUGUUCAUGGGAGUAAUCUGACCUAAGCAUAUUUUAAAAUGGAAACUUCUCAAAUUUAGAAAUAAGUUUUUCUUUUUCAAAAAUUUCAUUAAAACAUCUCUUUUCCUGAAAUAGAUUUUCUGUUCUUGAGCACUACUAUCUAGAUGUGCCCUACUUUUCCAAUUGUAUAUUGUCAGUGGCAGGCAUCAGGGUUUACCUGAUGCAUUCAGUGGUAAACUGAUCAAGUUAGCACUCCUGUUAAGAUGCAAACAUUUGUAUUUUAUGUAGGCUGGCCUACAAAUUAAACAAUCAGACUAGAAAUGCCAGUGGUUCUGCUAAGUCUUUAUGUGGCACUGUUUCUGAGAGGUGCUAAAGACCAAAUCCUUGUUAUCUGAGUAUUGUCAACACAAAUUCCCCUUUAAAAUAUAGUUUUUCUGAAGAAAAAAUGCAUAAGUGCUUGAAGCAUCAUUGCAAUAAGCUGACUCAUCUUACUCCCCACAAUUUGUCAUGCUACAGAGUAUAUGGAAUAAAUCACUAAUGGCCACUAGAUUUGGGGGGGGGGAAUAUGUUUUCUGUGGCUCCUGAAAACAAUUUUCUUAGGCAAAAAAAAAAAUCUCCAUGUAAUAAACCACUAAUGGUCACUAGUUUUUUUGAUAUUUUACUCUCGAAAAGAAUUUUCUUCAACAGGAAACUUUCCAGGUCUAAGUACUUUUCAAAAGAACCUCUGAUUUGGCAACUAUACAAGUUUUUAGAUCAUUUAAAGAUGCUCAUUUCAAAAUAUUUGACAUUAAUAUCAAUUAUUAAUCUCCUUAAGAGAGAAUUUGUCAGAGGAUACUAUUGUUGUUGUUCUAAAAAUACACACACAAAUAUAAGCAUUGACACACUGAACCAAUUGCACAUUAUUACAAAUGUAAUUUUAAAUAUAUUAAAGUAUUUUAUAAUCUCAUGCCCCUCAUGGAGCAAAAAACUGAGAUAUGCAUUUUUUAAAUGUUUGGUAUUAUGGGAAUUCUCCCCCUAUUUCCACCCAUUCACUUUAUCUAUCAUUCAGUCUCAUGUGUUCUAAAAGGAAAAAUAUGGCUCCUUUGUGCCUUAAGGCUUCUCUCAUUCAAUUCAAUAAGCAUUUAUUAAGCACAUGGGAAAGGUUUAUAUUGUAUGUAUAAAAACGGCCAAAGAACAAAGGAUUUACUCAGUAACAUCCCUAUGCUACUGUUUCAUUUAUGUUGUGUGUGUGUGUGUUUUUAAUUAUGGUUUGCUUCCUGAAAAUUAUAUGUAGUCAAAAGCAUAAAUUGGAACAAUCUCUGAGAAAUAUUUUUAGAAAGGUCAUAAUGCAUUCCCUAACCAACAAUGACUUAAAUUUUAAACUGUGUCAAUGAUUUCAAGAUGGUACAAUAUAAAGAACGUAUAAGUGCCUUAAACUGUCCUGUCUUAUUCAAAGAUUAUAAAUGUUAGAGCUGGAAGGGACCUAGAGAUUACCUAGUCCAGUCCCUUCAUUUUACAGAUGAAGAUACUGAGCCAAAGAGUUGUGACUUAUCCAUAGUCACACCGCUAAAGGGUAGAAACCUUAGAAUUCAUCUAUUCAACCUUCCCCCCGGCCUCCAUUCUACAGAUGAGUAAACUGAAGUUUAGAAAGAAGUGACUUACCAAAGUCCAUAUAGCUAGUAAGUAUCUAAAAUGGGAUUAAGUCUGACUCUAAACCCAACCGUAUAUACUACAAUGCACUGCCGGCUCAGCUGGGAUUCAAUCCCAGCCUUUUGAUUCCAAAUGCACUGGAACAAGGACAGGCAUCACUAAGAAAUUAUUUCAUUUCAUUAUAACCAUCUUUCACUUUCCUUGGAAACAUCUGUUGCUUUGUAUCUGAACAUUUAACAUCACAAAUUAGCAAAGAGUAAAAAUGUUUCUAUUUCUAUUUCAAUUGCCUGAUUAUUUAUUUAUUUAUUUAUUUAAAUUUUAUUUAAACCUCUACUGCUCUUUCCCCCAGGUGGAGGCACAACCACCCCACUCACCCAGUCCCUGUAAACACAAGUCCAAGGGUUAUAUAUGUUUGUAUAUUAGUAGAUGAAGGGAUCUCAAUACUGACCUCCAUAAAACAAAUUAAUCCUAUGAGAAUUUUAGAAGCCAUGAUUUAAAGGAAGUUACAACAAAUCCAGCAUCAUAAUUCUUUAUUUCCUCUAUACCCCCAAUCUGAUCUCAUUCUAAAUUCUUCCUUAAAGUAUCAAUGACAAGGCAAAUUAGUUGUUGGUUUUAUAAUCAGGAAACCACACGUUUCAUAUGUCAAUUUUUAAAAUUUAAACAUUGUUUCCCCUUAAAAUGAAAAGUUUAAUAUUGUAAAUCUUACUUCUAUGGUAAUUUCAGUAUAUUUCCAAGUUCUUCAUGUUAUACUUAGUAUCUUUAAAGCAAAAUUAUAAUUUAGGUAACUAUAAAAGAAAUCUACUAGAAAGAAGAGAUUUCUUUAAAAUGAUGUCCUAGAAGUGCUUGAGGAAGCUUUCUUCUCAGAAGGUCACAAUCUCUAUAAAGCCUUGUGACAUCAAGAAUUGAAAUCCCAGGCAUAAAGGUGUAUGAUAUAGGUGCAGGUCCAAAUGAAUCUGCAGUCUCUCUGCUCUUAUUGCCAGUUCAUGGUUUUUCUUACUGCUUCCAUCCCUAGAAAACUAUAAGUAUCACUUCCACAUUGCAACUCUCCCCAUCACAGUUUCGAAGUUCCAAUAUAUUGCCCAUCCACUGGUUGGCAUAAGAAAUGAAAUGGGAAUUUGGGGGGAGUUUUGCAGAAGCAGAAGAUGACAUGCCAAGGUCAGAAGAUGACAUGGAAAAAGUUUAGAAACUCAGAAAAGCAUAAAAUAAAUGUACAGUAUUGUAUAAUAUCAACAUAUUUUAUCUUUUAAUGCCAUAAUAAUUCAGACUUCUCUUGUAUGAAGGGAGGGCCAAAAAAAUUUAUGUAAACUUUCCAGAUUUGGGGGAGGGGGCAGUGUGCCCCUAACCUAUGCAAUGUGGAAGGGAUAACUGGUUUUCCAUCUUCCUCAUGGUUCUUCCUCCUGGCACUCCUGCUUUAUUUUUUUCCUGGGUAUUUGCCUUGAUUCCACUGUAUUAUGGGAAACUUAGUCCUUUUCCAAUUGACCUAUGGAUACUCCUCCCUACCUACCCACUGUGUGCUUGCUACAUGCCUUUAUACCAUUUAAUAUGUUCUGGGAAUUUUCUCUGGCUGUCCUCCAUGCCUGCAAUGCUCUCCCUCUUCUACCCAACUGACUUUGCUUAAGUCCCACUUUCUGCUGGAAGCCUUCCCUAAUACUUAUUAAUUCCUAUGCAUUCACUCUUUUAAUUAUUUCUUACUUACCUUGUAUAUAGCUUACUUUAUGUAUAUAUUCGUUUGCAAGCUCCUUAUGGGUAGGUGUUAUCUUUUGCCUCUUUUUGAAUCCUCAGCACUUAGCACAGUGCCCACCAGUAGGUACUCAAUAAAUGUUUUUUGAUUGAUUCAUCAUGUGUGAGCACAUUAUUACAAGCAAUGGGAAUAAGAUAAAGAUGGAGGAGAAAUAGGAGAUGAUGGUUCUGCACCUAUGACAGAAGUCAUGGUCAUUAAAAUCAAUUAGGCAUUGAUGUGACAGCAUGCAGGGAGCCCAGUUUGGAAUAGGACCAGUCCACCUCUGUUACUAGUUGAUAUUGACCAAAAGACAUGUUUUAUUCUUCUGUCUGAUAGUGCCAAAAAAUGGUAUAGGGACAAUCUUUGUUAAUGAUGUAUUCAACUAACUGUAAAGAUGCUAUGCCAUGAUUCAUUUAUAAUGU